AUGGGUUCACAAGAAAUACGACCAAUGCUUUUAUUUUAUUUGGUAUGUAUUGUAUAUCAUCAUAAUUGAUUGUGGUAUCACAGGUUUGGAAGGACAUCGUUUGAGUCAAAUAGAUCACCUAGGUGUUAAGUACACCAACUAUGGGCACAGUUCUACAUCUAGGGUGUUAUCUGCUAUCUGCUUAAGAGAGAAAGAGAGAGAGAGAGAGAGAGAGAGAGAGAGAGAGAGAGAGAGAGAGAGAGAGAGAGAGAGAGAGAGAGAGAGAGAGAGAGAGAGAGAGAGGUUAAUUACUUCAGAUAUUUGGAAGAGUUUCAGUGUCUGCGUAGAAAACCAAUAAAUGAGGAAAUUUGACUGCGAAUGUGAGAUUUGGCAAAUGAGCAAAUUAUGCCAGUGAAAAGGGGCACAGAAUCAACGUGGUCCUCAUGGUAGAUAAAGAUGUCAAGGAUAUUAUAACGAAGGCUGUAAAAAUCGGAGGCCGUGCUGUUUUAUAGGGCUGAUGGGCCUGCUAAGUAAGAGUGUGGUCUUAUGCUCUACAAAGUAAAUAGAGCGAUGAUGUGAGAGAAACUCUUAGGAUUGUUGGUGGCUUACUUCUUCAAAUACCGUCAAUGAGAGGUUUUUAUUGAAACAUGAGCUUGACAAACAUGCGGGAACUUCGAAGCAUCUGUGGAUUGAAGUGGGAUUUUUCAUAUGGCAUUGUGUGAGGAUUACAUAUUUCUCUCCUACAUUUGGUUUUAUGAUUACCAACACUGGUUUCAUGUUCAACAGUUCCCCACACAUCACAGAUGUGGUGCAAGGUCAUGAAUUAGAAAGAAUAUAGAUAUCUUUCAGGAGAAGACCUCUUGGUGGUUGACUUGAACUUCACCAGCAUUAAGGGGAUGCGACUAUAUAACGAGUUCUACUCGAUGGUAGAAAAAAGCGUGAAAUAAUUCAAGAGUUUAAAGAUAGGUUGAAUGUCGGGGAUUAGUUUAUUCACGUAAUUUACGGUUUCUUGCCAAUUUCUAUAGCUGAUCAAGGUGUAAUUUUCUGAUAGAAUGGAUACCAAUAAUUCGAAGAUAAUAUACACCUUGUCAAGGUAAAUCAAAGCCUUACCCUGGACCAACGAUCUGACCAGCGCUGCCUACUAUUUACCCAUUGAAAUAUUUAUAUGAAUAAUUCCCUUUUAAACCGGAUUAUCAAUGAUUACCAAUUUUUUAAUGUAUUUUUUUCUUUUUGAUUUCUUUUGUAGUUGUGAGCCAUCAGUUUUCCUAGCUUCUGUGUUGUGUUGACCUCUGUGCUUCUGUUCCUUUCUAUUGUCAUGGUUUACUCAAGCUUCUUCAUUAUCAUUAUUUCCUAUUCCAGCUUUGAAUGUGUCGGUAGCAGAACCAUGAACAGAUUUUGCAGUUUCAAUGCUGAAUCUUCUUGAUGAUUUAAUUUAAUCAGCAUACGUUAUUGUGCAGCAAUGGUCACUGCAAGCUGAAGAGAAUGCGGAUAAGAGUGUGAUCCCUGAAGGAACAGUCGAAGAUGUUGACCUGAGAGAGGCAGCAGAGGAUCCGAAGCCAAAUGAGACAACGGAGGUUGAAAAUUCCCCUGUUGCAGAGAAUGAUGCUUCACCUGAGGAAGCAGUGACAGAGCAAAGUGACGAAACACCUGCUGCAGAGGAGACCACUGAAGCUACCGAGCCAGAAUCACUAGAGGAAGAAGCAUCUGAAGAGACCCCAGUUGUCAAGGUAUCAUUUUAAAAGAGACCAGUUUUCUAAACGUUGACCAUAAUAGCUUUAGAGAGCCAUUGAAAAACAUGCUGACGAAAUAUCUUUAUUUUUAUUUCAGCUUGAGACAGCACCUGCAGACUUCCGUUUCCCAACGACAAACCAGACGAGGCAUUGCUUUACUCGCUAUAUUGAAUAUCACAGGUAGAACUAACUGUAGAUUUGUGAACUUUGUCCAGCUUCAAAACAGUAGUUAAUAUUGCUCGCAUGUCCUGAUCAUGUCGUCGUCUCCCCUAAUCUCUUCCAUAACAAGGCAAACGUUGUGAUUGACGCUUAUGUGUUAAUUUAGGUGCAUAAAUGCAAAAGGUGAAGGCGCGCCUGAGUGUGAUAAAUUCGCAAAGUAUUAUCGUUCACUCUGUCCUAGUGAAUGGGUACGUUCUCUAAUAUCAUCUCUCCGACCUUAAAUCUUUUCAUUCAAACAAGAUCGUGAUACCCGUUGACUUGUUAUUUUAUUUUCCGCCUAUCUUUUUUCUCAAGCCGAACUUGUUAUUUUAAUCUCGCAAAAUGGCCUUUGACUCAUUUGUGUGCCCUUCUUUCUAAGAUGCCACGAUAAUUGAAUGCAAAGAUAUACAUAUUGGGUAUUGCUGCCACAUACAUAUUGGGCAUUUAUGCAUCUUUACAUAAAUGCAAAGAUGCCACGUACAUAUCGGCCAUUGCUUUUUUAGUAGUUCUUGAAGUUUGAUGCCAAUAGAAUUAAUGCUCGCAGAAAAAUUCUCGGAGGUCUUCUGUUCAAGAUCACAGCUGAACAUGUUUCUUGGAGUUAUUGUGACUUGUUGAAUUACUCUUUUCUUUUUCUCCAGGCAUCUUUAGCCCAUGAACAUGGUAUUUCCAUUUUCCAAUGCGGCGAUGAUAAGACAGGGCUUGUGAAUAAGUACAGAAGAUUGCAAGAUCCAUGGCAAUAUAAGUUCAGAAAUUUAGUAGCCUUCUCCUCAUGUCCAAGAUUUGGAUGCCCCUGUGGACGUAGAUUCAAGCUCAUUUAAUCACCAUCGCUAUUAUUUUCCUCACAAAGUGCACGGACAUAUUUAGAUCAUUUGGGUGGACAUAUGAUAUGGUUUCAACUAUCGAAUAGUUAUUUAUUUCACCGAAUGCUUCCAUGGCCAUCACAUUAAUUGAGAAUAGGCGAGGGAUAUUAGGUAAUGAGAUCUAAACUUGCUAAGAGAUUAUCAUGUCUGCGGGUAUUUGCUGGGGUAAACUAGAUGUGGGCACAGUCUUCUCAUGCUAUAAAUCCCCAAAGCAGAUUCAAAGUUAUCUAGAGCAGGCAAUCAUGGCCUCCAUUUAAAUCCCUUGUUCUUGCCACCAUGGACAACAUGAUCAAUGGGUAAUUGCUCUCAUGAGUAACGUUGACUUUUUGCUUUGUUUUGUUGGGCAUCAAGAAAGAGGCGAAUGCGAAGAACAUCCCAUCCCGUCACAUCAAAUGCAGCCAGGAUUAUAUAUUAUGCCUGCCAUUUCAACCUUUUUUUUUCUAUAAAAGGGAAAAUUCUCACAUUCCCAUGCUUCUUUCCUGACUGAGAUUUUCAAGGCAUCAUAUAUAGAUUUCGGGGUUGGACAAAUAUAUUCAUGUACACUUUUUAUGCUCGUGAUGCAAGCAGGUUGAAGGACAACAUUUCAGUCAACGGUCUGAUAUGUCCCGGCGGGAUCUGACCAACUCUCGCCCUCUCUUGCAGGUGGAACGGUGGAACGAGCAGAGGGAGAACGGCACAUUCCCGGGCCCCCUGUAG